AUGGACGACGUUCACAACGCCACCGCCGCCGCCGAUCCCUGCAGACGCCUCAACCGUCGCCGCCGAUCAUGGCCGCCUCUAGGGUUUCCCUGCCCUCGCCUUGGUGAUCCUCCCCGCGCCGUCCAACGAUUCCACCGCGUCGGUUCGCUUGAUUCGCCGGAGCAGGGUUCCCCGCCACCCUUGAGGCGCCCUCUGGAGGAGAUCGUCGUGAUGUCGAGAACUGUCGAGAAGGCUUUUGGUCGAAAGAUAUCUGAAAUUUUUGAGAAAUUUGAAGAACCUGUAGCAUCCGGAAGUGUUGCUCAAGUGCACCGGGCUGCUUUGAAAUUCCAACAUCUUGGCCAAAAGACGCCAAAGAUUAUAACAGUCGCAGUUAAAGUAAGACAUCCUGGUGUCGAAAACUCAAUACGGAGAGAUUUCAGUAUAAUUAAUGCGGUAGCUAAAUCUUCAAGAUAUAUUCCAGCGUUAAAUUGGCUACGGCUAGAUGAGAGUGUGCAACAGUUUGCUGUCUUCAUGAUGUCUCAAUCUCAAGUUGACCUUGCAAGGGAAGCUGCUCAUUUGAGCCGGUUUAUCUACAACUUCCGCAGGUGGAAAGAUGUGUCAUUUCCGAAACCUCUUUAUCCAUUUGUUCAUCCUGCUGUCUUGGCCGAGACUUACGAGCUUGGGGAGAGUGUCUCACACUAUGUGGAUGACCACGAUGGAGAGGAACGAGUUAAAAGUGCUCUUGCACAUAUUGGCACUCAUGCACUCUUGAAAAUGCUACUGGUACUACAUUCAACCAUCUCUUUGUCUUCUCAUUCUUAUUUCUGUUUUGCCUUUGAAGACGGGAAGUACAUGCUUUCUAAUCGUCUCUGCAGCAGAGAAUUAAUUGAGAAUAUAUGCUUUACGAAAACUGAACAAUUGACGCUGCCGCCGCCACCGAUCCCCGCGGACGCCUCAGCCGUCGCCGGACCCCAAUGGACGACGUUGACGCUGCCGCCGCCACCGAUCCCCGCGGACGCCACGGACGCCGCCGACCAGUGCAGAGCGCGGUCGCGUUCUCUGCGCGGCCAUACGGACCAUCGCUUUGCCUGA